AUGUCCACAUCAGGUCAAAUCUUACAUGAACGUGCUCGUUCAUUAUUAACUUUAAUUGAUGGUCUACAAAUUGAAAAUGAUUUAUCAAGUUCUCGUCGUACAGUCGAUGAUUGGCGUACAGAAAUGUUUUCAUUAAUAAAUAAUAUUCAUUUAAAUACAAUAAAUAAACUUGAUUCAUUAACUAAUCGUUUACAUCAAUUAAAACAACGUCGUUCAGCAAUAUUAAGACAAGAUAUAUUACCAAAUUUAAGUAAAAUGGUUAUUGAACGACGAAAAAAUUUAUCUGAACAAGAAUUAAAUGAUAUAAAAAAGAAAAUAACAAAAAUAGAUUGUGAUUUACAAGCAUUUGGAAGAUUAUUAAACAAAGUUAGUAGUGAUGAAAAAAAAUUAGUUGAACAAAUUGAAAUACUUAAAAAUAUUCAACGUGAAAAUACUCAACUAUCUAUUCUUGAUAAUAUUUCAACACCAAAACGUUGUUUUAUACUUGAUACAUGUCAUUCACCAUUUAUAGCUGUAUCAGAAGAUAAUCGUAUGCUUAUUGAAGAUGAUAAUCAUCUUGUUUUAUUUGAUGAACAACGUCGAAUUAAUGAAAUUCCAUGGCAAGGACAUCAAGAUGAUUCAUUUAGUGGUUCAAUUAAAGAUAUAAUUUUUUCAAAUUAUCUUGAACAAUUUUGUGUUUUAUCAGCAUUACAUUUUUUUACACUUGAUCCACAUAUGUUAACAUUAGAAAAAAGUGAACAAUUAAAACCUUCUACAGACGUUAGUCCUUCUCAAUCACCAUAUCAUGUAAAUUUAUGGAUACAUAUUCUUAUUGUAAUUCGUCAAUCUAUAAGUUCAUAUGAAUAUAUUUCAACUAAUGAUUCAUUAAUCAUUGUUCCUGCUCCAACAUUUGUCUUUCGAGAAAAAUUAGUACGACUUCUACAUAAUUCUACUGAGAAUUCUCAAUCACCAUUAUUUAUUAUUUAUGAACAACAAGAAGUAAAUGCAUAUAUUUUAAAUGGUCAAGCUUUAAAUCUUGUACGUAAUACUCAAUUAAUCGAUUCAUGUUUACAACAAUCAUAUCCAAGUGCACGUGAAAUACAUUUAUGGAAAUGUGUAAAAUAUAAAUUACAUAAUAAACAAACAAAUUCAAUAUGUAAACAUGAUGAUUGCUUUAUUCAAUAUCAUCAUAAUGAAUUAACAAUAGAUCAUAUUAAAAAUGGAUCUUGUUUACAAAAUAAUCUUCAUAUAUGUCAAUCAAUAGUUUUACUUUAUCCAGCAACAUUUAGUGAUAUAGUAACAUUAGAAUUUUUUAAAUAUAGAUUAAAACCAAAAUCUUCAUAUUAUUUAUUAUAA